AUGGCUGAAGGACAAAAGAACAGGAUCAUGGAUGAAGAAUCACGGCAUCAUGAUCAUCAACGUCGGCCACUCCUACGACGACAUUCAUCCCAACGACGGCAUUCGCCAUCCCCGGACCAUGAUCGGAUUAACCAUAUACAUAAGGCCAUUAGCCUGUUAUUUCAUAGCACAUCCAAUUUAGCCAAUCUCCUUCCUACAGGGACAGUGUUUGCAUUCCAACUUCUAUCUCCCAUCUUCAGUGACCAAGGUGAGUGUGAUAUGGCCAGCAGACAUAUGACAGCAGGCCUUGUGAUGUUGUGUGGUCUAUCAUGCUUUCUAUCAUCCUUUACUGAUAGUUUCAGGGAUGAGAAAGGAGUAGUCCAUUAUGGAAUAGCAACCUUUAGAGGAUUAUGGAUCAUUGAUUGGUCUCUAACCAUUCCUCCUGAUCAAGCUUCAGAAUAUCGACUUAAGUUCAUUGAUUUCUUGCAUGCUUUUAUGUCAACACUGGUUUUUUCUGCUGUUGCACUGUUUAAUCAGAAUGUGGUGAAUUGUUUCUACCCAACACCAUCAGAAGAGACGAUGGAACUCCUCACAGAAUUGCCAGUUGGGAUCGGUGCCAUCGGCAGCGCGUUUUUCCUCACAUUCCCUACUACUCGUCAUGGAUUUGGCUUCCCUCUUUCUCCUCGCUAAUUGCUCAAACUAUGUUUGGCUGCAAGGGAAAUUGAAGGGAAAUAAACUUUUGUAAUCAUAAUCCCAUGUAAUUGUAUAAAUUACUUAAAUUUCUUAUCAUAUUUAGUAUCCAAACAUUUUAUGUAAUUUUUAUUUAAUUUUUUA